AUGCUGGCAGCGCACGGCAACCUCGGAGGUCAACAAGCUGCUCUUUACGAAACAGCUGCUCGCAAGGAGGUAAAUCUUGGGGCUGCCGAAGCGUGCAACGGAACUUCCGAUGAUAUCACCCGUCGAAUGCUGAUUUCUGCUGCUGCCAAGACACGCAGAGAAGGGGCGAGGAGAAGCUGCCGCGACUUGGCACCCGACUUUUUACAGGAAGGAACCUCCACUUGA